AUGCCCUCGAAGCGGUCAGGCGAGGGCGAUGAAGCAAGUAGCAGUCAUGGCAGUACGAGGAAGAGGUUCGCUGGCGGUGGUGGAGGGUCGAGGACUGGGCAGGCAUGUGAUCGUUGCAAGGUCCGCAAGAUACGCUGCGAUGCUCGACCGGGAGGCUGCACGCCAUGCCUCCAGACCGACACCGAAUGCAAGACGACGGAUCGGAUUACUGGACGCGCCAUAUCGCGUGGGCACAUCGACUCGGUCGAGGAGGAGAACAACUACUUGAAGGCGCAUCUGGCGGAGCUGCAAGAGCAGUUGAGGGAGCACAGUAUAGAGCCGAAACAGCCAUCCACAUAUGUGCCGGCUGGUGCCUUAUGGUCGGAUCCACCACGGCAAGGGUCAUGGUCAGACGCUCGCCCUGGCGUUCGGCCGACAUCCUCCCACCAGCUGGAGAGGAAGGUAUCGGUGCUUCCAGACUUCCGCGCAGGAUGCAUUGGCGACAACUACCUAGGCGUAUCACCUGGCGACGACAUGCUGAGCCCCAUUGUCGGGACCCGGCUGACGCUCUUUGGUUUUACUCUUGACCUCGCCGAAUUCUUACCGCCUGAGACCGACCCAGCGUCUGAUCCAACUUCCUACCAGACCUUCCUGAAUCUCUCACUCGGCAGAGGUGGCCCCGUACACAAGCCUCCGCUCCCCGGCCUGGACGAGUUCAAGAUGUACGCAGAAUUCUACUUCAAAUCUGUCCAGGUCUUCACGCCAAUCCUACAUCGACCGGACUUCAUGAAACUCAUCACCCGCGUAUGUCACGGCCAACAUGAGCCUACAACUCCGGAGGUCGUCCAGAUUCACAUGGUACUUGCGAUCAUGAAGCUGCAAGAUGGGCUACGAAACCUCAGAGAGGAAAGCAAAGCACAGUCCAUCGUUCACUACCGUUAUGCAGUCAGCCUUGCCCCGGACCUAAUUGUUGGCCACCAGUUCGAACAUGUCCAGGCACUUGCUCUGAUCUGCCUCCAGCUCCGUCAACAGCCUCGCAUGGGUGCCGCAUGGAUGUUCACCAACACUGUGCUUGGUCUAGCCAUGGAACUGGGUCUGCAUCGAUCUGCGAGCGCAUGGCAUUCUGGCGGCAGCGAAAAAGACCUCCACAGGAUUGAGAUGCGCAAGCGGGUGUUCUGGAGUAUCCUGGUUCUCCAUGUUAGUAUCAGUGGAAAAUUGGGAAGGCCAAUGCCAUUGCGCGUCCAAGACUUUGAUAUUGAAAUACCGGAGGCUUUAAGCGACACCAUCCCUGGGGACCCUUCGAAGCUGAGCAGAUGGCGGAAGUGCACAUUUCGAGCUGCCAUACCUGGCAUGAAGCUGCUAAGGAUUCUGAUGCAAGUGUACGCCACCGUCUACUCCAUCCGAGCAGACGCCGUGCCCUAUGAGAUGAACGUCAACCGUCUGCGGAAGGAGCUGGACACGUUCCGGGAGCAGCUGCCACCCGAGAUAUCUGGUGGCCCGCAAACAGUGGACGAGGACCUUUGCCCUGCACUCUACCUGCAGACGGGAGAAGAGGAGGUUCGACUUCUUCUGCACCAUCCGUCACUACAAACAGCGACUCCCGACAUCUAUGCCAAGAACCUUGACACCUGCCUCGAGGCGAGUCGCAAACUGCUUUCGGCUGCUCUCGGGCUGCAGUCUAUCAUCGGCCUCGACACAACCUGGUACUACUCCACUGACUACCUCGCUGCGAUCUUCACGACGCUUUUCGUGUGGAGGCAAAGAGAAGACCAGAUAACGUCUGCCGAGUUGCAGCAGUUGGAGGUGGACAUGGAGAAAUGGCUCUCUGUUAUGGGGGAUGUUGGCACUCUGCUUGGUACCGGGCACCGCUUGCGCAAUCGUCUCAGAGCUAUCAUUCAGAACGUCAUGUCACACAUUCGCGAACGUUUCGAAAUUCGAGAUGAAACAAAGCUGGCAGCGGACCACCUGGCUUCUUCUGUAUCACCCGAAACAUUGGCGAAAGCACAGCAGUUGCACCAACCACCUCCCCAGCAGCACAUCUAUCCGCAGCCAAACGACUACGCCCCAGCAUACGCCGAGCGUACGCCGAGCAUUGACACGUCUCACCAUGCACCACCCGCCUAUCCAAUCGCACCGCAAGCGAGCCAACCACCACCACAUUACCCACCUCCAAACCACUACUAUCCGGAGCCCCAGCCACCUCCGAUGCCUUCAUACCCGGGCAUGGGUCAAUUUGACGCCAACAGCUACCACACUCAAGAAGCCAAACCGUCCCUCGACGGUUCACUCACCGCUCAACUCCCUAUGAACCAGCCACCUCAACACCAACCACCACCGCACCAGAUCCACCACGCCCCUCAACAAAUGCCACCCCAACACCUCCAGCAACAACCCUACAUGCCAUCCUACCCACCACCAAACCCGAACGGCUACGCUCCCAUGCCCCAGAACGUCCAACUAGCCUAUCCCAGCCAAGCCGCCUGGCGCGACUUCACAGACGGCAUGAUGAAUAUUCCCACACAAGAUUACAUGCAUUCGACCAAUCCGAUGAUGGGACUGGGGCCGGAUAAGCACCACAUGGGGAUGGGAGCGCUGCAGCUGGCACCACACGAUGACCAGCAGCAUUGGCCGAUGGUGCAGUACGGGCAUGGGCCUCUUCAUCAAUGA